AUGUCUCCGACGCAAUCAACCAUGCUGAAGCGCAUCAGCGAGCUGAAGGAGUCGACACUCGCUGCCUGCGCGAGCAUCAGCACCCGCCUGAGAGAAGGAUCCCCGCUAAAGAGUGAUCUGAAACCGUUGAUAGUUGAACUGAGGCUUCUCGCUGGUGCUCUUUUCAGUCUCGAGUCGCUCAUCGUUGAGCUGGGCGAAAACAGCGAGAAUGACAUGCCUGUUACCGAGACCACCGAGUGGCCGCUGUUGGACGGAUGUGAGAUGUUGAUCAGCGCUAUUCAGUCUGUCCAUACCUAUGCGACUCCGGAUGGUCUCAAAGCUGCCAGAUCAUCCCUCCUGGACAAUCGUUCCAAGCUUGGUUUUGUUCUGGGAUCGUCGGAGUCCCUCCAAGAUAUCGCGCUGCAGUUCUCCAUUUUGGGUUCCAACUCGAUCCCUCGGCUCAUGACGAACAGAGUUGACACUGAGAUGGUCGAAUCUCCGGCACAGACACGAGACGAAACUGAGCCGAGCGCCGAGGAGGUUUCUGCUUGGCUGACAAUACUCAACUCCUCCGACAACGAUCGCGAACCGGCAGAGUAUAACAAAGAGAUUGCAUUGGUGCAAUCACGUCGGAUCACAACAAACUAUCGAACAGCAGCGACGCGCUGGCCGGAAUAUGCUGAGAGGUACUGGCAGAAGCUGCGGCCACAGGUCUGCUCUCUCUUCCGGAUUCAAAGAUCAUACAGCUUUGUGCAGUGGGUUUUGGAAUACGCUAGGGAGACAUUCCCAAGAGCCUUGGGACCCUUGGCGCUUUCGCCGAGACUGUUGUUGGAGCUCACAGAUGCCCUGUGCGAUGGGUCAGUAUCGUCACUUCACAUCGCUGCCGCGCUUGGCUUGCCGAAUCUCUGCAGAGACCUCCUCUCUAUGGGUGCGGACAUCAAUCAGACCAGCAUUCUCGGCACUCCUCUGUUUUGCGCUCUUAUGGGCACCAAGGUUCUUGCAACACGCGCUGAGCCGGAGUCAUGGGGUUCUUUGCUUGUUGGCGGAGACUCCGACGUGGAACGAGCAGCCACCAUCCUUCACCUCCUUGACGAAGGCGCUGACUGCACCUACAAGUAUAAUUGGAAGAACGCCGAUGAGGUAUCGCUUGCAGGCCUGGCCUUUUGGGUUGCGAUGACGACUAAGCAUGAGGCCAUCUUCACCCGCAUCAUGAAGGGAGGAAGCAAACUGGAUGGCGCUUUUCUCGAGCUCAUGCAACGAGAGACGCUGGUGAUGCGUGGUCUCUUUCACAAGGCGAGAUUUGCACGCCUGCUCACCUUUGUUUACGACUUGACAUUGGUCAACUUGACAUUGGCUGACAUCGUGAACGAGACGGUGGAGUAUGGGGAGCUCCAGAGGACGGUGUCUCAGCUUAUGAAGCACGCCAACAUCAAGUUCUCUUUCUCGGAGGAGUCCGGCAAGAUCACCACUUUGGACGACAAUCAUAUUGCCGAAGUUACACGCAACGCGGUGCUGGAUUUUGAUGUGACUCUGAUCGAGCGCCUCACUAGCGACCCUAGAUUUGAUCCUAACCUACCAUUCGGCAAGAAUGGGCUUGCUGGCACUAUUCUUCACACAGCCACCGAGGGCUCGCAGCUUGAGAUCAUGGACAUUCUCAUCGCUGCUGGAGCAGACAUGGGGGCAAGAGACUCCAACAAGCGCACGCCAAUCAUGGUAGUCGAAGAUCUUUCAGCUCUUUCAAAGCUGGUGUUGGACCACGGCGCUUCAACGACUGAUACAGACAUGGAUGGACGCACAAUCUGGCACCUUUGUGCAUUUACAAACGAUGUUGCUCUCCUCAAGUGGCUUUGGGAACAUGAUCCACUCAGGGAUGAGAAUCUACGCAAGAAGGAUCGGUUUGGCUUCACUCCUCUGGUAGCAUCCUUUGCCUUUAUCGAUACUCUUGCACAGCCCCCCAGAGGAUUACGGAAGCCUGCUCCAUUAGCCGCUCGUUUCAUGUUGGAUGCCUGUCACGAAAACAUCUCCUUGAAAGGAAAUGAGCAGCUCGCCGAGUAUGCCGUUCAAUGGGGCGACGCGAAUCUCGUCAAAAAGGUGUUUGAGCUCAUCCCCGAAGCAAUCAAGAUCAACAGAUCCUUGCUCAAGUACCUCAACUUGUCUGCUUCAACCGAGCUUUUGGACGUGGUUCUGGACAAGUGUCGAGAGUUGCCUUGGCAGUUCUCUGAUGGGACUACAGUAGUCGAGACUAUUAUCACCAACACCAAGCUCACUGCUGGUCGGUAUGGUGCAUUUUCUGUUCCGACGGCACACCCGUCAUGCUUCCCCAACGUCAAGCGGGAAGACUACGAGAGGCUUCUCACACCCGAGGUUCUGAAAUCGCGAGACAUAGCCAACCGUCACCUCUGGGUUCGAUUCUGCGACAGCAUUCUUCCGCUGCUAUCUGGAACUGGCACCACCACUCAUCCUUCCUCUCUGUAUUUCCUGUCCGGCUUUAUUAACCUGGCGGUCCGAUGUCUAGUCGAGCAUGGUGUCCUUGCCGACUAUGAAAGGGAGACUGGCAAGUGUGCGAUUCAAUACAUCGCAGAGGCGAAAAAAACAGACAGCCAGCCAUACUGGCAAGGCUGGCAGUAUCCCUUCAUCACGUCCGUUUUGGACGCUUCGGCGUCAUCACCGUCAUAUUUACCGUCCCUAAAUCUGGAUGGCCCGAACCCGUUCGCGGUAUCCUUCCCCGCUGUGAUGCUGUUGCAGCAGGCAGUGCAUCAUAAGCUAUCCAACCUUGUCAGAUUACUCGUCAACGCCGGUGUUAACGUACAUCGUACAUGGGAUCAGCUUCUCGGUGUGUCGCUGUUCGAGGCUGCGUUGCUAGAUGAUGUGGAUCUUGCAAUGGUACGAACAUUGCUCAGCAGGUCCAGACCAAGGGACGUGGUAGCUCGUCAAUUCGAAACCUUUGACAAGCUCCAUGUUCUGCUGGAUACACCGUUCGCUGUGGCAGUCAUCGCUAAACUGAUCGAGCGUGGAAUGGAUCCUAAUCGACUGCCCAAGAAUGUGUCGGGAAAGGAUGGGUCAAAAGGAGUGUCAUUCCACUGGUCCAUGUUGACCGAGGCAAUCUCCCAACACAAAAGCGAGAUAGCUUGUGCGCUGCUCACCCAUGGCGCAGAUCCGGGUUUGGCUGCUUCUGAUGGAUACAAUGCCAUGAUCGCUGCGUGUCACAAUGGCCAAGUUGUUGUGUUGGAGGAGAUCAUCGAGAGGGAGGAUGACUUAGACUGGAAGUGCAUCUACGAAGGGGAAGACGGGGUCACCUACAACGCCCUUCAGAUUGCUGCGGCAAACAGGCAUCGCGACAUCUUGGAGACCCUCAUCUUGGCGACGCCUUUGAUGGAUGAGAUUGACGCAACCACCCCUAAGAACGGACUAUCACCCGCCCAUCUGGCCGCUAAGGCUGGAUCUUUGGAGUGUAUCAAGGUACUGUCCAAGUUUGGGGCAGACUUGACAGCUACGGAUUCAUCUGGGAGGUCGCCGCUUUUCUGGGCUAUUUUGAGGGGCAACGCGGAGGUGGUUGAAUACCUGAAGGACUCACUUCUGGACCCCGAGGAAGAGCGGGAGCAGGAUUAUGGCAUUUCGGUGCUUAACCCGGACUCUACAGGUCUCGAUGUUCAAGAACUGGUCUCUCGUCCAUUCCACGGCCGGACCCCUGAGAGCACCCGAUUGUUGGAGCAGAGAAAACUUGGCAGCAUGAUAGCAGACACCAUCGGCCGUCAUCGGCCGAGUUCCGGCGGCCUGUUUUCUUCCCUUCUCAACCACAUUUCUAGGGAAGAGUUGGAGUCUGCCAUCCUGCCCUGUGAUGGGUGCACUCUUCUCAGCUACACGGCAUCGCAGGCCCUCAUUUCUCCCAUGGUCGAACUCUUGGAGCUUGGAUUCACGGGCUUUGUGGCUGGUUGCAAGGAACACUGGCCGAAUGGAUACAAUGCUCUCCUUCAGGGCUGUCUCCAUAUUCAGAAACUGCUCCAGGUCAACAUCUUUACGGCGCCCAAGAAGGUGUACUCUUUCAUUGAGAAGUGUCUGGACGCGUACCUGGCUGAAGGCAGGCUGUGGUUUCAUCUCUCGCAACCGCCGAUCCAUGCCAUUUGUCAGUACCAGCAAACUAUCGGGGGACCGGAUUUUGGGCACCAAGAAAAGGUCCUCAAGAUCUUCAUCGACCACCUUGUAGCUCAUGCCGAUGAGUAUUGGGCGUUGGUGGAGAAAUCAGGACUUCCUGGUCUGUCUGAUUCGACAGAUGAACGAGAUACUACAAAGAGGCUCCUACGCUUCGUUUUGAAUGCGCGUAGCAAGGUUCACAUGGGAUCGGUGUAUUAUGGGGGCAGCCAUUCCACCGCCUUGCAUGUGCUGGUCCAGAGUUGUGCGAGGGACGACUCUCUUGACGCUGACUCUGCACCCUUUUACAACAUGGCUCGGAUGCUCAUCUCUCACGGUGCAGACGUAAACGCUCGGGACACGGAAUUGCUGACGCCCCUUCACUCAGCUGCCGACUACGAUCUUCUACCCAUGGUAGACCUACUCCUGGAGGCAGGGGCUGACCCCAACGCUAGAGACUUUGAGGGGACAACGCCACUGGGUCAAGCAGCCGUUGUCGGCAACAUAGAGAUGAUCCAGAGCUUGAUCAAGUACGGCGGCGAUCCUCAAACCUUUGACGGCAUGGAUUUCCGAAGUGCCGGAUCCGACUUGAACUUGCUGCGGGAGCUGACUGGCUUGGGCUUGAAUCCUUACUCCACCAUGCUGGGUAACCCGAGCGUGCUGUCGACCGUGAUCAGCGGGAGUUCCGUCUCGAGGACGUACGCUCUGAACGGGGAGUUUGACUUUUACCGACUCGCAGAGAACGAGCCGUCUUUUCUGAUCAAGUUGAUGAUUCAGACGCCCUCCCUCUCGGGCCUCAAGGCCGUCCUGCGACGUGUCCCGGGGGAAUGUUGCUCCCAGGUCGUCAACUUUCAGCCUGAUUCCGGGCUCAGCGCGGGAUGCAUGGCCAUCCGGUCGGAGAAUACUGGUCUCUUGGAGCAGCUUCUUAACUUUGGCUUCGACUUUGAGCGCGAGUGGUGUGACAAGGGUUCGGCAUUGAUGUUUGCUGGCUAUAUCGGUGCCUCGAAAUCGUUCAAACUGCUUGUCCGCCAUGGCGCUCGACUAUCUUACAUUGCCACCGACAGACAUGGCGGAAAGGUGGUUAGAUCUGUCGUGGAAGCAACAAGGGUAUAUCCCAAGCUUCUGCAAUGGGUUCUCGUCGGUCGAUACUACGAAAAGAAGUACAUCGAGUUAGAAGCCCACUCUGGACCGUUUACGGCAACUAGGCCUUGGUCAGGCCCACGCAAGGCGGCGUACAGAUUCGGCUGUGACAGGUGCGGGCACUCUCGACUUGGCAGCGAGUCGAUGAUAGAUUAUCUUGUACGGGUUUCAGGUGUCGGCCGUGAACUCGCAGGGAAGAUAGUUCCAGCUACUCUUGUCGAAUAG